AGGGAGUGUCCCGUGAGUUGUGAGGUUGUGACCAGUGAACAUCAAAAGUUUGGGUCAUCCUCUGUUAUCUGCCGUCCAUAACGUUUUGAAUUCGAUAUGAGGAAAGGCUGGUCUCUUUAAUUUUCUUGUCUUUUGGUUGGUGGUUUUAUUCACAGUUCGUAAUUCUAGAUCGACAUGAGCAGUCGUGGAGAUACAAAUGACAUGGCGAACAACACUGCAAAUGAGUCUAAAACCGACGAAAGUGGAGAAGAUUCAGAUGACUCAGAAGAGUCAGAACCUAAGUUAAAAUAUAUCCGAAUGAAAAACUCUCUAGAUAAUAUUUUUCUCAAAUAUGCUGCCAAGUGCAUCUCUGUCCAUCCUAAAUUUGUGUGCUUGGGAAAUAACUGGGGUAUGGUUCAUUUGCUAGAUCACUUGGGUAACACAGUGCUUGAAGAACUUCGCUUACAUAGUACUGACGUCAACCAAAUAAGUAUUGAUAGCAAUGGAGACUUUAUCGCUAGCUGCUCUGACGAUGGGAGGGUCUUUAUUCAAGGCUUAUAUUCGUCAGACAACAAUCAGGAAUUGAGAAAAGAAAAUUGUAAAGUAAAAUCUGUAGCCAUUGACCCCAACUAUUACAAGCCCGGAUCUGGUCGGAGAUUUAUUACAGGUGAUGAACAGUUAGUGUUGUAUGAGAAGACCUUUCUUACAAGAUUAAAGUCAACUGUAUUGUGUAAGGCUCAAGGAUUAGUGCACAACAUCAAGUGGAAUGGCCCAUUUGUUGCAUGGGCUGACAACUUGGGUGUUUGGGUCUUUGAUAUAGAAGCCAGACGUUCAUUAGGGCUAAUCAAAUGGCCAAGAAACCCAGAAGCUCUUCCGGAAAACUACCGUUGCAACAUAUGUUGGAAAGACAGUUCCACUUUUUUAGUCGGAUGGGUUGAUUGUGUGCGUAUCUGCCACAUCCGGAAGAAGACUCCCCAUGAAAUUGCCAUUGAUAGAGACAAACCUGACUUUAUUGUUGACCUUGUGUCGGCAUUUGAAACAGAUUUCUAUAUAUCAGGCAUUGGUCCUUUAGAUGAACAACUUGUUAUAUUGGGUUAUGCUAAAGAACCUGAUGAGGAUGGUAAAGCCCAACGUCCUGUUAUGUAUGUUGUUCAACCUGAAGCAAACAGCUUUGUUGAACUACGUUAUGACUCACUAUCUCUUCGAGGAUAUCAGCACCUCAAAUGCAAUGAAUAUCACCUAGAAAGUUUGAUAGAAGAGAACAAUUUUUUCAUUGUGAGUCCCAAGGAUGUCGUCGUUGCCAGUCCAUAUGAUACUGAUGACAGAGUUCAAUGGCUAAUGGAACAUAGCAAAUUUGAAACAGCAAUGGAAGUAGUAGCUCAAACAGAAGCUCGGCAAACUAGAAGAUACACAUUUUUUCAAGUUGGACAGGCUUAUCUUAACCAUCUCCUGGAACAAAGGGAAUUUCAGCAGGCUGGUGAACUUUGUCAAAAAAUCCUUGGAACUGAAAAGAGAUUGUGGGAAAGUGAAGUAUUCAAAUUUGCUCGUAUUCACCAGUUACGAGCUGUUAGUCCUUACUUACCUCGUGGUGACUAUCGGCUUGAUUCUACUAUCUAUGAAAUGGUUCUUUAUGAAUUCCUAAAGCUUGAUGCAAAAGGAUUCCUUGAUGUUCUUAAAGAGUGGUCACCUGAUCUCUAUAAUGUUAAAGCAGUUACAGCUGCAUUAUGUGAACAUUGUGUUCAAAAUGAAGCUGAUACAAUUCUUCUGGAAGCUCUUGCAAUACUUUAUAGUCACGACAAGCAGUACGACAAAGCACUGGCAGUAUAUUUAAAGCUUAAAAAUACUGAUUUGUUUCAACUGAUUCGCAAGCACAACCUGUAUGGUGUUAUUCAUGAUAUGAUAGAAGAUUUGGUGAAGUUGGACGAAGAGCAAGCCAUUGCUUUAUUUCUUGAAAAAGGUGAUGAUACUCCAGACAUGAAAAGGUUCCAGAAUACAUCAGUUCCUGCUGCACCAAAGCUUGAUAAGCAUUUAAAAAAGUAUCUUGUUGAUCCUGGUGUUGUUGUUGCCAAAUUAGAGAAAAAUCCAAAGUAUCAAUACAAAUAUUUAGAUGCAUUGGACAGGAGAGACGCCAAAGGGGCAGGGCAGAAAUACCACGGAUUACUCGUUAAAUUAUAUGCAGACUAUGCUCGGGACAAGUUACUCCCUCUGCUUCAUCGAUCGGGGCAUUAUCCAAUUCAAGAGGCUCUUAACAUAUGCAAAGAACGAAAUUAUUACAGUGAAACUGUGUACCUUUUAGGUCGUAUUGGCAACUUCAAAGAGGCACUCAACCUAAUAAUGAAAGAGCUUGGUGAUAUAGAUCAAGCAAUCAAUUUUUGCAAAGAGCAUCAUGACAUUGAACUUUGGGAAGAUCUGAUAAGCUAUUCACUGUCUAAAGCAGAUUUCAUUACAUUCCUUCUUCAGCGUAUUGGCACAUAUGUGGAUCCCCGCAUUUUGGUUCAGAGAAUAGAGUGUGGAAUGGAGAUUCCAGGUCUGAAAAAUUCUCUCGUAAAGCUGAUGCGUGACUAUAGUUUGCAGGUUUCUGUACAAGAGGGGUGCAGAAAAAUUUUGUCUUCUGACAACUUUAACUUGCAUGAUAGAUUAGUAAAGAUGCAGCAGCGAGGAAUUAUGGUUGAUGAUGACCAAGUUUGUGGCAAAUGUAACCGCUCCAUAAUUGUUAAAGAUGCAAGUCGAGCAAGUAAUGUGGUGGUGUUUUUCUGCAAGCAUUCGUUUCAUGGCGAGUGUGCUGCAGAAUAUUGCAUCAUAUGUAAUGCUCACAAAACAAAGUCACCUUUUUAACAUAAUGAUAUAUACUUUUAUAUUAAAUCAUUGGUGUGAACUAUUGGGAACACUUCGUGGCACUGAAAUAUGUUUUCAAACUUAAUUUUAACUUAGUUCUCAUCAAACACUAGCCUACUUCCAAGAAUUGGCCUUGUGUUUAGGAAGAAAAUUGAAACCUUCUGGCACUGGACCAAGCAGCAUUUCACUGAAACAAAAUUUUGGUGUAAAAUGAUAUUGUUGCAAUAAAUAUUGAAAUUGUUA